AGUUGCUUGACCGCUGGCUCCAGGCUGGCUCACCUCGCCACUCAGGCAUUGAACUCAUUUUCUCUUUUCUCUCCACCGUCACGUAUCUUCAUUCUUCCUUUUUUUCCUAGGUGGAUCGUAUCUGGACUAUCUGAAUGGCUGAACAAGCAGAAGCCGCAUUUAUCAAGAAUUUCGCACAUAAUCUUUCUUCGCAACCCGUAACAUAUCCGAAUGAUUUCCAGCAACCUCUGGAGAAUAAUCUGAGAAAGGUUCCGAUUCCCCCGAUUGAACUCCCUGCACCUCCUAAACGCGAGCAUCAAGAGUCCACAGCCGCAGGGAGCGUGAAGUUGACUUUCAAGUCCUUAAAGCCUGCCAAGUCCUACAUACUUUCCGUUCCAUUGGCCGAUACUAUCGUGGCAAUCAAGUCUCAGCUUGCGAGCGAGCCAGGCGCUCCUCCUGCAGAUGUUCAGCGUCUCUUGCUUAAAGGCAAGGCCUUAGCAGAUGGGAAGCUUUUGAAGGAGUACGACAUCAAGGACGGAGAUACAUUGACUCUAGUUGUCAAACCUGGAUAUCAAUGGGAUCCUUCCAAAGUUCUCACUUCGGAACCUGUUGAAGAGCUCAAGCAAGUGACUCUCCUCCCGGAACCGACGAAAUCCAGAGGUGGCCAUGGACGUAUACCUUCCGUUGUUUUGUCACCUUCGCCGUCGUUGACCGCCCAACCCGAUGAGAAGCUUGUCGAUAUACCCCUCGUCCUCGAUACCUCAAGCAUUCCGGCGUCGCCUACAGGUGGUCCAGAAUCCACCUAUCACACCACCAUGGCUCAGCCAGAGUUUUGGGAGCGUUUAUAUGAAUUCUUGAUGUACGUCAUAUCUCCAUUCCUUGAACUUGGUUCCUUAUUCUGUGUGUCGCGCUUGAUGAAACUGAUUUCAAUUGGUGCUGUGCCCUUAUCUCUGUCUCCAGCACCCAAUUUAUACAUCGGAGUGAUGCCGCGACAGCUUGGGAAGAUUUCUUCUGUGCGAGCAAGGGGACUUUGACCGUUAGUGAAAUUGCGAAGAUACGAGACAAAGUUGGGGUUACCGGUAUGGCGGGCACCUAGAGUGCUGAUGUGAUGGUUUCUGUGCCUAUUUUCGUCGUCGGUACACGACAUGUUGGUACCGAUCAAGUUGUGUACUCGUUCCCAACGUUACUUUCUUAUAACAAAUCUAGCAGGAUGUCCUAUCACCCUAUGGGGGGACAUAUUUCUCUUUUUGUUCCCAACUGCUCUCAACAGGCACAUCCGAGUUUACUUGAACAUC